AUGACCGGUGCUCCUCUGCAACCCACCCUCAAAGCCGCUUCCACUGCACAGCAUUCCCAGCUGUCUGCUGUCGCAAACAGCACCCCGACUCCUUCACGAGCCGCCUCGCCUGCGCGCCCGCGCAAGACGCCUAAGUCGGAGCCGCCGAGCAAUGAGUAUCUGUCCGACGCGGCGACACUGUCGCUGAUCAGACGGAUACUGAUCGGAGAGUCUAAUGCCACCGAUCGAGCAAGUCCAGGACCCAUCGAGGGCGCGUUGCCGCCAUUGACGAGUUCCAACGAUGUCGACAUUCAGCUAUAUGCUAUCAUAUCGAUCGUGGUGAAAGACUUUAUACAGCCAUGGUAUACCAAGAUCACGCCAGAUCAAGCCUUUGUGGACGAGGUUGUUCAUAUUGUCGCCCAUUGUAGUCGAGCAUUGGAGCAGAGACUCCGACAUGCUGACAUCGCUGGGCUCAUACUCGACGAGGUCCCGGCAAUACUUGUACAGCACGUCGAAGAUUUCCAAGCAGCGACCAUUUCUCAUGGAUCCCUGCCGUACGGUAGCGAUCUUGUACAGGUAUAUCAUGCUCUAAAUCCGCAUCCUGCUCUUGAUCCAGCCCUGUCGGAUGAUGCGCGGACUGCGACCGAGCGAGCGCAUCGCCAGCUGCUUAUCCAAGGAGCGCUUGCGGUGUUGUUACCUACAGAGGAUCUGCAGAACUCGAGUCUCCGAAUACUGGUGACAGAUGUACUUGCGGAUCUGAUCUUGGGACGGGCAAUCAACGACCGUCUAUGUCAGGGCUGGUUCUUGCACGAGAUGAUGUCGAAGGUCACUGUCAUCAUCAGUCGACGAACGCACCCUAAAAUCACUGGCGAAGAGAUGCAAGCAGACGCUCGUGGCCGCUUGGAGAAGUUCGGCCUCCUCUCCAGUCAACAAGAGCAAGCCUCAACAGUCCACUCGACAUCGUCUCGCCAAUCGAUUGCCUUCUGGUUCUGGGCUAUCCUCCAGUGGUGCUACAUGGCCGUCAUUGGGCUGAAGUUCACGGGUCGUGGGUUGAUGCAUGCGCGGCAUCUUCCCCCAAGGCAACGAAAUCAGGUGCACACGCCAACCCUCACUGGCUCAACCAAGUCGAGUCAACAUGAUGCAAUGGUCCUCGACUACAGCAUCUUCUCCGCUGUCUCCAUGCUCCUCAGUUUGUCCACCCGCAUGCCAUGGCUUAUCGGUAUUUUGGCCUUCUUUCGACACAUUUUGACCUCGGGCCAGGAACGGCCCAACAGUACUGGAUCAAUAGUUGAUAGAUUCCUCCACACCUCGAUAACGAAGCACCUGUUCCCUCCAUCUCUCAUACCGCUACUCCUGAUCAACUUGCGCGCAACAAUAUUCCCACAGAACUCUCUCGGCCCAGCCGCGCCUCCACCGCCGACACCAGAGCGUGCUCUCGAGAUUCGUGCCACUGCUGCUCACGAUCUGCUCUCUCUGCUUCCCAAGGUCGGCGUCCGGGCUCUCUUCGGAGCAGAUCAAACACUCGAAGAUCACGAUGGAGAAGCCAACACCGCACAGAGACAAGUAGAAGACAUUCUAGAUGUCUUCGGCGAAGCCAGACUGAACAAGUACUGGAUUUACGGCAUCAUUGAGCUUAUCAUCGUCAGAUUGUGUCCCGAAAUGCUGAGCAAGACCCCGACUGAGCUCAUGGCAGAUCGGGGCGCUGAUUGGACGACGGCUGGCGCAGAGGACGAGGAGCCGUCUGAUCUGACAAGCAGCGAGCUUUUGCCUCACAUCGAGCUGCAGAAGACGACGAGCUCGUCGCGGCAGGAGCAGGAAGAGAAGGCGAGGAAACUGAAGGCGGCCCAGAGGCGGCAGGAGUCGAGGGAUGAGAAGGAUUUGUUUGCGGCGUCGCCUAUGGUCGGGCAGCAGCAGCGGCAGCAGCAGCAACCGCGGUCAAGACCGCCCGAUAGGGAGAGACGCCAGCAGUCAAGAUCGGAAGGCCAGUGGCGGAAUGAGAAGUUGCGGGUCGUAACGAAUGGUAGCUAG